AAAUAUAUUUCUUGUCAAAAAAGUAGUACAAUUUUUUAUUUUUUUUUUAUAAAUAAACUAGGUAGCUUCAUUCCAUCGACUUUCAGAAACACAAAUUGGAAUCGCGCUGAACUCACCUUCGCCGUAAACACAAAAAUCUAACCGGAAAACGCUACCGGAGUUUCUCAUCGACCGCCACAAACAAUCAAAAUGUCUCGAAGAUAUGAUAGUCGUACAACAAUUUUCUCGCCUGAAGGUCGUCUUUACCAAGUAGAGUAUGCAAUGGAAGCUAUUGGAAAUGCUGGUACUGCCAUAGGAAUCUUGUCCAAAGAUGGGGUUGUUCUGGUUGGCGAAAAGAAGGUGACAUCCAAGCUGCUACAAACCUCAACUUCAACUGAGAAAAUGUACAAGAUUGAUGAUCAUGUUGCAUGUGCUGUUGCUGGGAUUAUGUCUGAUGCCAACAUCUUAAUCAAUACUGCUAGGAUCCAAGCACAACGUUACUCAUUUGCUUACCAAGAGCCAAUGCCUGUUGAGCAGUUGGUUCAAUCUCUCUGUGAUACCAAGCAAGGUUACACACAAUUUGGUGGUCUCCGUCCAUUUGGAGUCUCUUUCCUGUUUGCAGGAUGGGACAAAAACUACGGCUUUCAACUUUACAUGAGUGAUCCUAGUGGAAAUUAUGGCGGUUGGAAAGCUGGUGCAAUUGGCGCCAACAACCAGGCAGCACAAUCUAUUCUAAAACAGGACUACAAGGAUGAUAUCACAAGGGAAGAAGCAGUUAACCUUGCACUGAAAGUACUCAGUAAAACUAUGGAUAGCACUAGUCUUACCUCAGAGAAGCUUGAACUUGCAGAGGUUUUUCUUUCACCCUCUGGGAAAGUUAAGUAUCAAGUUUGCUCCCCAGAGAACUUGACUAAGCUGUUGGUUAAGUCUGGGGUGACCCAACCAGCAACAGAGACUGCUUAGCUUGCUGUUCCAUCAUGUCAUGGGUAGUUUACUUAUGCAAAUUUCCGACGCUCGAUGUCAGAAACUGUUCUAAAUUUAUUUGUAUGUUAAAACUAGUAAACUUCUCAUAUCUUGGUGGUGCUAAACUGCUAAUGGCUUUUUAUUUCAUAUAUGCUUUGAUUUUAAGGACAUAUAUCUGUUUAUCUAAUUUGCUUUCUACGGAUUUCUCCUUU